GCUGCUAGCUAGUGUCCAACCCCACCCGGCCCCUAUAAAUUAUCAUCUCCACAUUCCCCGUUUUAUGCACACCUCUCUCUCUCUCUCUCUCUCUCUCUCUCUCUCUCUCUCUCUCUCUCACACCAAACGAUUGAUACGUAUCCGAUACGAACUCGAUCUCAAUAGGAAUGUCGGAGGACAUGAAUCUAUCUGUAAAUGGCCAGUCUCGAGUCCCUCCGGGUUUUCGGUUCCAUCCUACAGAAGAGGAGCUUCUGCACUACUAUUUGACGAAGAAAGUGGCCAGUGAGAAGAUUGACCUCGACGUAAUUCGCGACGUUGAUCUUAAUAAGCUUGAACCAUGGGAUAUUCAAGAGAAAUGCAAAAUAGGAUCCACCCCGCAAAAUGAUUGGUACUUUUUCAGUCACAAGGAUAAAAAGUAUCCGACGGGGACUCGCACGAACCGGGCAACGGCAGCGGGCUUUUGGAAGGCUACGGGGCGUGAUAAGGUGAUAUACAGCAGCUUCAGAAGAAUUGGAAUGAGGAAGACUCUGGUGUUCUACAAAGGAAGAGCCCCACAUGGCCAAAAAUCGGACUGGAUCAUGCAUGAAUACAGACUAGAUGAAACCACCAAUGACACAUGCGCCAAUAGUCUAGCAGGAGUAGACUCGGUAACAGAAGAAGGCUGGGUGGUCUGCCGUGUUUUCAAAAAGAAAAACUACAACAAGGCCCUAGAGAGUCCCCAGUGCUCAUCAACUUCCGCAGACAUACGAACCCAGCUCCGCCACAUGUCGACCACCGACGGGGUACUCGACCAGAUACUUCACUACAUGGGACGUUCCUGCAAGCAGGAAAUCACCCAAACAAUCAACACCAACGUCGACAUCGACACCGCCAUGCUCUACCUCCCCUCCAUCAACGCAACCAUCGACACGCUUCAAGACCGGUUUACGCAUCUCCCUAGGCUCGAAAGCAACCAUGGUUCCCCCUUCAAUCAGGACAACAGCACUGCUUUCCCCGAACAAGGCAGUGGCGGCAGCUGUCGCGACACGAAACCGAGAGACGGGCUCAGCGACUGGGUUGCUCUGGACCGGCUUGUGGCCUCCCAGCUCAACGGCCAAGACGACACUUCGAAGCACUUGUACCCGGACGACGAUUUCUGUUUUUCCGUCAAUCACGAAGACGUACCAGUAUCGAACCUGCGCUCGAAUAGAUCGCAGCCCUCACAAGCUUACGGCAGCGAGAUCGAUCUGUGGAGCUUCGUAACGCGAUCACCAUCGUCAUCGUCGUCCGACCCGCUCGGACACCUGUCGGUAUAACAGAGAAAUACGGGAAAAAAAAAAAAGAAGGGAUCGCGAUGAUAAUGUAGUACUAGCUAUCUGCUAAAGUCAAAUAUUAAUUAUGUGAGUAGAUAUCAUGCAUGAUAAUAGUCCAUAAAAUAAAUUAAAAAAGAAAAAGAAAAAAAGAAGAGGGUUGUAGAUAUGAGUUGAUUGGCAUUUGUCAACCAUUUGAUCGUCUACUUUAAUAGCCAUGUCUGUUUUUUUUUUUGUGGGAUAAGCAAUAGCCAUGUCUGUUGUUUCUCUAUUAAUAAUACUCUCCACUUGUAGAUUUAG